AUGGCUCGCACUACAGCUACUAAGCUCGUGCUGGUCGCCCUGGUGGCGGCACUCCUCCUUGUAGCCUCCGACGUGGCAAUCUCCUGCGGCCAGGUGAACUCCGCCCUUGGCCCCUGCCUUUCCUAUGCACGCGGCAGCGGCGCCAGCCCGUCCGCGGCCUGCUGCAGCGGCGUUAGGAGAUUGGCCGGCCAAGUGCAGACCGCCGCUGACAAGAAAGCGGCAUGCUUGUGCAUCAAGAGUGCUGCCGGUGGGGUCAAAGAAGGCAAGGCCGCAGAGACCCCCUCCAAGUGCCGCGUCAGCGUCCCCUACAAGAUCAGCUCAACUGUGAACUGCAAUAAGAUCUAGUGAUCGAUUGCUUGCCGCCAGCAUCGCAGAUUAUAGCUCCACCGAUCGAUGCUGAGUACUUUGAGGUUACCUAUAUACUACAUAUACAUGAAUAAAUGCUCUGAUCUGAUCUCCAUGUGAGAGAGAGGACUACGUAUGUGGAGCCAACUCUGCAUGGCCGGCCACUGUAGUAUCGAUGUUUGGUUGUUCCUUCGCUCCCUUUGAGAAGAUAAACGAGUAUGUUGUACCAUGUACCAUGUAUACUUUUGAUAUAUUGAUCAUA